AUCAAUCCCAGUCUCCACACAGCAGUGCUACUCUCUCUCUCUCUCUCUCUCUCUCUCUCUCUCUCUCACUCUCACUCUCUCUCUCUCUCUCACACACACACACACACACACUCUUACACACACACACUCAGCCUCAGUGCAGUGUGUGAAAAUGCUCUGGUGUGGAGUGUGUCUCCUGUCCCUGUGGCUCAGCCGUGUCUGGACUCUUCCUUCCACCAGCAUGAAGAUCACUCAGGCUCUGCCUCUGCAGCUUCCUGACUCAGGUCAGCCCGCAGUCUGCCCACUCUUCUGGACCGAGUUUGACGGGUUCUGCUACCGCUUUUUCCCCCAGAACCGCACGUGGGCUGAGGCUGACCUGUACUGCGCCGAGUUCUCCAACGGUCACCGGUCAGGGAAACUCUCCUCCAUACACAGCUGGGAGGAGAAUGUCUUCGUGUAUGACCUGGUGAACAGCCGUGUCCCGGGAAUUCCCACGGAUAUCUGGAUCGGCCUGCAUGACCGCAGACAGGAAGGCACCAUGGAGUGGACAGACGGAUCUCCGUAUGAGUUCAGUUACUGGGACGGAAACCAACCGGACGACGGAAUCCACCGGAUCUCUGAGGAGGAGGACUGUGUGGAGAUCUGGUACAGACAGAACAGUGCGCUCAGGUCCUGGAAUGAUAACAGCUGUGACAAAGCUUUUCCUUUUGUGUGUAAAAUCCCCAUGCUGGAGCACUAACGUCCUGCACUGACCUCAUUACUGAGACACGGCCCUCACACACACACACACACACACACACACACAACACUGCUGCUGAGAGCAACGUCCAUCUGGACUUCAUUUAAACUAGUGACUCAUCUCAUCUCACACACACACACACACACACUCCAUCAUCACACACACACACACACACACACUCCAUCAUCACACACACACACACACACACACACUCCAUCAUCACACACACACA